UACGAGAUAUAGUAAGGUGGCACAAUGUUGAGUCCGACUCCGGCGAUCGAUCGUUCCAGUCUACAUCCUGGCACAGGAUACCUCAUUGCGCCACGUGUACCUCGUGGCCUUGCAGCCGUGGUUGAAGGUCUUACCAGGGAAGUUUUGCGUCAUCGUCCUGAGGACAUAUACGUCUUCGCAGCCCAUCAUUUCGAGAAGCUGCUGAAGCUGCGGGAGCAGUAUCAUGCUGAAGAGUACAGUGAUCGCGAACUCAGCCAUGAAUUCAAUCGCGAGUUUAAUCUAUGGUCUACUAAGAAUGCAGAGACCAGAGAUGUCAGGAAGUCUUCGAACGGCGGUUGGUCCUUGGAGAAGGAGAUCGAGAUCCUCGAAGGGCAUAGAAAAGUAUCUGCCGACGUGGAAGAAAGUCCAGAAGACGUGUCCACUGAUAAGGAACCUCGCAAGGUAUCGAAACAGGCGUCUUCGAAAGUUCCUACAGCCACGAAGAGAGUCUCGAGGAGGUCGAAGGCUAAAGAGAUGACAUCGGAUGCUCGCGCGACGAAGAUCAUCUCGCAAAUGCCUGGACUUCAUGGUCCCAGUAAAAAUAUCCAAGCCAAAGAUAUUAAACAAGAACUCAGAAAGAACAAGUUGAGCGGCGAGAAGGGAAAGACUGUUGACGGUGCAGACAAAGCGAUCCGAGGCGAAAGACGAUCGAGGACGAGGAUUUCCAAAUCGGAUAAAGGCCCUGAAGAAGAGGUCGAAUGUCCCACAACGACAGCGGUGACGACAACAACGAGUAAAACCUCGAGUCGAAGACCUUUGAAGAAAGUGCGGCGAAUUGAAACUGAAUCCGAGACUGAGACUGAACGCGAAACCAAAGCUAGGUUUGAAAAGGGGUACGAGAGAUCAAACAUUAAGAGCGAAAAUAUCAGCCGCAAUGCGAUCGCUCGAACCGGAAGCAGAGAGAGGAGGCCAGAGGCACAGCUCUCCGAACAUUCCUCCGGAAGGAAAGUAUCGUCGAGAGCGCUCAGCAUGGACCGCAUCAGGGCGUAUGUACUUCGCAAAUUUGCGAGCACGGCGAGCCUGGAGGUGCUGCGGUCACCCACGUACGUCGAGCAGGUGCAGGAAGUAAUCGAUCGCGCAGCGCCGAUCAUCAAGGAGAAGCUGGAGGAGAUCAGGCGACCUCGCGGAAAGCGUUCAAGAUCGGUUGAUCUCGGUUGGAACGAUGAAUCGUUUCGUCAGCGCAUGCGAGAGGAUAAGAAACGCGAUAAUGGUGAUGAAGAAGAAGAAAGCAGAGAAAGAAGAAACGGAUCAGAACGGGAGAUUGAUAGUGCGGAGCAAGAAGAGACGGAGAACUCAUUGGGAAGAAAUGGGACGAUCCUGAAGAAAGAAGAGAAGAAACAGAGGAGACGUAGCGUAGGAUCGGGUAAGAGAUCGAAAAAACGUGAAGGUGAUGGCUCUGCUGACUUGGACGUCGCUGAUGACAGCUCGAAGCACGACGGUAAAUCCGAGCACGAGUCUGACGAGUCACGUGACACCUUGGAAGCGAGACUGACUGCCACGCAGAACAUCCUGGAAGGUAUCGCGAAGUCGACAUCCGAGUUGGGUGGUAUUUGUAGGAUCGAAUCCGGUGAGCCAUUGGAAUCGGAGGCCACUGAUCACGCUAAUGUGGUCUCCCUGCCGAUCGUGAGGCCGCCAUCAUCCAAAAACUCCAAGAGCACUAUCAAGAACGGUGCAGAUAGUCUUACGCUUCCGCCGAUCUCACCGGAAGCUCCCAAGUCGGCGAAGAAGAAGGACGAGUUGUCUUUACCGGUACUGCCGGCCAACGGCAACCAUUCCGCCGUGAAAUCACAGGAACAGGACGCCUCCAAGGAUGUCGAGGAGGCUUCAACGAUGCGCGACAUUACGAGUGAUAUAGAAGACAUAGCAAUACUUCCUGAAGAUGAUCAUGUAAUCCCGGAUAUAGAUCAGGGUCCGGAAAGCGAGGAUCUAAUUCCAGACAUAAGAACAUUUGUUAAUGAAGAAAAAGAUGAAAGAGAUGAAAACAUAAAUGAACUCCUUCGAGAGGAUACAUCAGAAAAACACGCUGAAAGACGCGAAAGUGUCGAGGAGUUUAAGGAAUUGGAAGAAUUGGUAAGGGAGAGAGGAAGAGUAGAGGAGGUCUUUAAGGAUAGCUUGAAUGUCACACCGGAAAUAGUCGACGUACCGCCGAGACCAGACUCGUUGGAGCCUGAAGAUGAAGUCAAACUUGAAGAUGACGGUUUGGAUCCUGCGCGAGAUAAUAGAUUUGAUGGUUUGAAGGACAAGUUGAUGGAGAUCGAGAUGGCGGAGAAGAGCAUCGAGAAAGUGUUGGCUGGUCAACAGAUCGCGACGUGUGACGGUGGUGAAACGACGAGUCAAGCGGAAAAGUCGAUAACUGACGCGGAGAUAAAUGAAGCAGGAAUGUUGGCCGAUGAAGUGGAAGAGACUGUAAGGGAGAUAAGAAAGUCGAUAGACAAAGCGGAAAUAUCGAUGAAUAAAGAAGAAAAGAAGGACAACGAUAAGGAAAACACUGAGUCAACGAGUGAAGCAGAAAAAAUAGAAAAUGUAGUAGAAGUAUCAAAUGAAACGGAGAGUGUAUCAACUAAAGCAGAGAAAUCGAUUAAUUUAGUGAAAGAAAUGAAAAAUAAAACAGAGAGUUUAACGAAAGAAACAGAAAAUUCAAGUAUUACAAAAAUAAGCGAAGGAGAGAUAAAAAUGGAAAAAUCAAUUAAUGAAACAGAAAAUUUAAUAGACACAGUAGCAACAUUAGAUGAAACAGAAAAAUCGAUGAACGGAACGGAGAAGUCAACAAGUGAAACAAAAAGAACGAAGAAUGGAAUGGAGAUAUUAGAGACUGAAAUAGACACGGUGGUGAAUCAAACUGAUACAUCAACGAAAAUAAUGGAAGAAGCGAUAGAAGCAGUUGAAACGAAAAAAUCGACGGAUGAAAAUGAAAGAUCAAUUAACGGAAAAUCGCCAAAUAAUGAUAUAGAAGAAUUAGUGGUUAAAGUUCACGUCGGAGAUGCACAAUCUGUAAAUGUAAAAUUGCAAGAUAAAGAUGAUCAAAUUACUGAAGCAGUCAUUUCUGAAACACAAAACGACAGUGAUGCAACGGAGUCGAAGAGCAAAGCUGAAGUGACAAAUGAAUCAUCGGAAAUUAUUGUUCCUGAAAACGUCGUUGCGAAGGCUGAAACUUCAAGAAAAAAUUCUCUAGAUGAAGGCAGCGUCGGCGAGACGCGGAAGAAACGCGAGGCUGAUAAGUCACCAACGACGUCGCCAUUAUCUGCGGAAAUUCCGUUUGCUUAUAUCCUCAGCGAAGGUUCCCCGUGUGAGAUUCCCGAUUCCGUGACAACUGUCAUUAUUCCGGACAGACCGUACCUGUCUCCCGUGACUUUGGAGGAUGAGAGUCAUCCGCUGGGACCUAUAAAUAAAAAAGAAGACUUGAUUAUCCGCUCCGAUGUUGCGAAAGAGGAUGAAAAGCAAGGGAAGGGUCGGAAUGAAUACGAGAUGGAAGCAUUUGGUGAAUACAUCCCACCGGAAACCACUAGUCUGCCUGUUGACAUUGAUUUCGUGCGUGGCGCGAAAGGCGCGAAAUUGGGUCAGGAUGUAGUAAUCGUCCAUCAGGAUUUAGACAAGAUCAAGGAGGAAGGUGAGGAAGAAGAAGAAGAAAAGAAAGAACGUAUCGAAAAAGGCGAGAUAAAUAUUUCUGAAGAAAAAGACGAUGACAAACAAAAGGUUGUGCAAGGCGAAGAAACAAUAAAGCUUUCUGGAAUGUUAGAAAACAUCGUAGAGCAUGAGGAAAAUGAAGAAAGCGACGCGGAGACGAAUACAGAACUUAAAGGUGCUAAGCAAAUUGUUUCAGUUGACGUUCACACGUAUGAAUCCUUACCUGAUACUACGGAAGUAAUUGAUACUGGCAUGACGGAUAAUGGAAGAGCAGACGUUGUGAUGGAACCUAGAAGUACACUGGAAACUUCAUCAGAAGAGAGUGGAAGCACGCAAGACAAUCACACGACCACAUCGAGCGACGUGAAGGAAAGCACCGCGAGCAAUCAAUCGGGAGAGAUUGAGAGUUCAAGUUUGGGCAGACCAGUGGUGCCGGAAUUGAACCUGGAUUCUCUUCAGGAUAACACGGUGUCAUCUUUCAAGAUGACGGCGAAUGGCACGACGAAGGAGGAUAAUGGCAGUCCUAGAGAGAGCGAUACCAUGACGUCCUUGAUAGAACCAUUGACUUCGGACGAGAGAUUGAUGAAUCGGCCAUCCUUGGUGGACAAUGAAGAAGAAGUUCCUGUCGAACAGCUUACGGAGGAUUUAUCAAUAGAUCUGCGAUCGGCUCCAGAGGCUGAUCAGUUGUACCAAGCGGAACAUGCGGAGUACGAGUGGCUGGAAAAGGAUCCAUUGUCUUCGGAAACUAUCUUGGACGAUGAAGCGAAAUCUCAAGAGGACAGUAUCGGUUUGCUGACUCUACCGGAUGACAUUGUGCAGAUCGGUCCACUUUUGCAGGAGAAAGAAGAAGAAGAGAAACUGAGCAGCGAAGAAGAGAUUGCGAGAGAAUUGAUAGGCUCGCUGAACGAAGAAAUGGAACUUCGCGCUAAAGAAUUAGACUCAAAAGAGGAAUCUAAAGAUAGCGGAGAAUCUGUUAGGAGCAACUUAGCUGUGGACGAUAAAGCGAGUCAAGUAUUAUCUGUGCCUUCGACAUCAGUUGAUGAACUUAAACAAAAAGAACGUAAAAGUUCUUCGGAAGAAUUUAAAGAGUUAAAUAAUGAAAUUGAAAAAUCAAAGACUGAAGUAGUGGACAAGGUAAGUCACAUAACGGAUAUUAGUCAGAUUGAUAAGAAUAAAGAAGAUACUGAAACUGAAAAAUCUAAAUUAGUAGAAGAGAGAGAAGAGACGACGCAAGUUGCACCUUUAGCACAAUUUGAACAAGAUGAAUUAUUAGAACCAAGUAGUAGACCUGGGACUGCUAAUAAAAAAAUCACAGUCGAAAGUAAGCCAAAUACUAUUGAUACAGACUUUAGCGACAAUCAAGAAAAACAUGAAAACAAGAAAACAAGCGUUGAAGAAGUUCUACAAAAAGGCAAGGAAAGUAUAGACGAAGCUGAAGAUUCAAGUAAAAAGCAGGAAGAAAAUGAGCAAGGAAAGAUUCCGGAAGAAUGUAAGCAAGAAAAAUUAAAAAUGCAAGAAGAAAAUGGAGGAAAUUUACAAUUGCAAGAAGAAAUGGUAGAUACAAAAACAAUGGCUUCAGAAAUAACAGAAUCGAAAAAAGAUUCGAUUAACGAAACUAAAAACGAUAAAAAACAUGAUGAAAAUGAUCAAACUAAUCAAGACAAAUCUAUCUCCGAAAAAGAAGUGAAAAAUGAGAAGGAAACUGUUGAAGAGAAAACUAAAGAUCUUUCAGCAGAAGGAGAGAGCUUUGAAGAAUCCAUUCCAAGCGCAAUAUCGGAACAAUCAAUGAAAGAUCAUCCUCAUGGAUAUUGGACCGCGGAAACAAAAUCGUCGACUGUGGAAACGGUGAUCGAAACUGUCAGUCCUAAUACGAGUACAGAUAAGGAAGUGAAAGCUGCUGCUGAGUCAGAAAUCAUUGAAGAUGAAUCGCAUAGUACGAAGAAAGACGAUUUUUAUUGGGCAGUUGUAAAAAUCCAAGCUUGUAUCCGAGGAUUUCUAGCGCGUCGUCGGAUGCAAAAGGAUAUAUGCCCGAAACCUGUUUCGGACAGUGUUCCUUCGGCGCAAAAAACAGCUACAGCAAGCACGAUACCUCAAGAUACUCCGAAUUUGAGAGAAACUAGACGUCUUCGACGGGAAGAAGCUCUACGAAACACCACUCUCUCGUUGGAGAACGCCUUCGCCAUCGGUCGACUUCAGCAUACCAGCGAAUUUCAUGAUUCUGUUCCGCUGCCUCUUUUCGAUGUAACAAAUGGUGAAGUCAAUUCAAUCUUAUUGAAGGAAUCUACGAGUAAAGAAGAAGACGUGGAACAGGAUAAACAAUCAGACGCUGCAAAACCUGAUACCAACGAGACGGAUUCCGUUUUAUCGCAUAGUCACGACAACGAGCAUGCAAGGAAUUUCCAGAAGAGCUUCACCAAUCAUUCUGCUUUUCCAAUCGUGAUGCAUCUGAUGACGGAUACUUCCCGUAACGGCCACUUUAGGAUCAAUCAGAGCUACGAUCCCGACUUUAAUCCGUCCGUUGGAGAAACAAAGCCCGUACAACAGGCCAUGGACAUUCUCAUGCUGGGCUAUCCGAGAGAUGAUGAUAAUCGAUAUUUGAACUUUAUAACUAGUGUCGAGGAUCUCGGCAAUAUGGACUCCUUACCUCUGGAUGACGCAGUAAAGACCUCGAAGAGCACCGAGGAUGCGUACCCCUCGAUGAUUUCCAGCGAGGGCAGCAUCAGGGAGCCCCUGGCUCUUCCGGGCACUCCUCAGAGCAUCGUGAUCGAGGAGGUGACCAGCCUGGACGGGACCGUUCCAUCUGAAUUAAUGAAACUGUCAACCACGCCGAAGACCUCGCUGGACAAAAAUAAUUCGAUAACCUUGGAGGAAACAUUCGUCGAGGACGAAAAGGAUGAUUUAGGGAUGUUGCCGAGCACUCUGGAUAUAAUCGGAGACCGGAAACAUAUAGAUGAAGGGGUUGACAGACAAAAGUUGAGAAAGACACCGACAACGGUCGGAGACGACAAUCUUGAGAUCGAAGAAGCUGAUUUGCAUGCCGAGGCGAGUGAGAGAUGUAGAGGAUCUGCUGUGUCUCUCGAUAGUCAGAAACACGUAGAUAAAGAGAAAAAUGAGAAGAAGUGUCGGUAGAUCCGCCAAGUGGAAUCUAUGCACGACGAGAAUUGUGAUCUAUGUGACCAAUUGGUCGACUAGUUCCUCUGAUUAGGAUCGUCGCUCGUGUAUUCACUGCGAGACGACUGUCACUAUAACUUUACUGCACGCGAUAUAAUUCAGGAUUCCGAGAUCAUUUCUCGGAAUAUUACGGGGAGCUUCUAUAUUAUUUUUACUAUUUUUACUCGUAGAAUUUGUAGUGCCUUAUUUUGAACCUAAUUAUAUAGGAAGAAACGGAUACGAGCAGACUGUCUCUCAGGAAUAGCUUUAACACGAAACGUACAUACAUACAUCAGUGCUGUUUAAUUAUUGAUAAUACGUAAGAAUGAAAAAUGCAAAGAGCUUUUUCGACUUGCAGAUUUACUACAUGACACAAGCGAAUGACCUCUUCCCGCUUCAACUACGUACAUAUAGUUCGGAGAUAUAUAUCUUUUUAAAUAUAAUAUAUGCAAAGAGAGCAGUAAUAAAUUGUAUACGUAUCAUAACAUUCAAUCUGUGUUUUUAUAAUAUAGUAUAGCCAUC